CCUGGUUACGGUAAAGCUAAGCUAGCAGCUACUUCGUUUCUCUCGGGUUGUUGGUGUUCCUCCUUCGCUCGGCGCGGUCUCUCAGUGUCUUCCACGCGGUUUCAGUCAGUGACAGACGGACGCUCAGAUCAGACUUUCACCAUUAAUCCUCCGGGAUGUCUUUCCUGGAGAAGCCGUCCCCCGGCAGGCUGCUGCUGGACGACACCGUGCCCCUGACGGCGGUGAUCGAAGCCAGCCAGAACCUGCAGUCCCACACGGAAUACAUCAUCCGAGUCCAGAGGGGUGUGUCUUCAGAGAAUAGCUGGCAGGUGAUUCGACGUUACAGUGACUUUGAUGUUCUCAACAGCAGCCUGUUGGUGUGUGGCAUCAGUCUCCCUCUUCCUCCCAAGAAGCUGAUCGGAAACAUGGACAGGGAGUUCAUAGCAGAGAGGCAGAGAGGACUGCAGAAUUAUCUGGACUCCAUUACCCAGCAUCCCCUGCUUUGCAGCUCCCUGUCUGUCAAGAAGUUCCUGGACCCGAACAACUACUCUGCCAACUACACUGAAAUUGCCCUGCAGCAGGUCUCCAUGUUCUUCAGGUCGGACCCAAAGUGGGAAGUCCUGGAGCCCCUCAGAGACAUUGGCUGGAGGAUCAGGAAGAAAUAUUUUUUAAUCAAAAACAAAGAACAGCCCAAGGAGAGGUAUCUGCUGAGCUGGGUGGACCUGGGUCCUGAUAAGUUCCUGUCAGACAAAGACCUGCAGUCAGCCAUGAAGCUGCUAACCAGUCUCUCUACUCCAUACCUCUGUCCGCUGUUGUUCUCCAGCACCAGUGAGUCUUCAGCUCUGCUCAUCCGGCCAUUCAGUGAGAGAGGCUCUCUGAGAGACCACAUCUGUAAGGUGAAGCCCAGAGAGAGUUACCUGAAGAAGUACUGUAACCCAAAGAAGAGCCAGGGCCUCGAACUGCAGCACAUCAAACUGUACGGCCGUCAGAUCCUGGAGGGCCUGAAGCUCCUCCAUGAUGGCGGUGUAUUUUUCGGUCACCUGCAUGCCUCCAAUGUAAUUGUGGAUGACGGGGUGUGUCGGCUGAUGGACGUAGAGAACGGCAUGCUGGGAGUUCCCUCAGCGCUGCGACCCGCCUUUACUCAGCUCAGGAAGAUCAAUUCCACAGAGAGCAUCGACGUAUUCUGCUUUGGACAUUUACUGUAUGAGAUGACGUACGGCCGACCACCAGACAGCGUCCCCAUCGAUCAAUACCCUGCUGUCCCCUACACCACUGUGGUGUCAGUGCUGCAGUCCAUCCUGUCCACAGAAGCCUGUAAGAGCAGGAUGCCAACAGUGUCGGAGCUCAUGCAAACACCGCUGUUCAGUGACGUCCAUCUCCAGCACUCAGAGAAACUCCAGAUUAAGGUUCCCAGCAGGCUAAAAGAGGCGCUGAAGACAGCAAAGGAGAGUCUGGAGAGGAGGCUGCAGGAGGAGCAGCGAGUGCUCCACCAGCACAGGAGGCUGACCAGGGCUCAGUCUCACCACAGCUCAGAGGAGGAGAAGAAGAGGAGGAAGAUUCUGGCGAGGAAGAAGUCCAGACAGUCGGCUUAUGAAAAUGAAGAAGACGUCUCUGUCAGAAACAACAAUAACUCUGGUUCUGGAGCCAGUUCUCCUCCCACAUGCCCCUCGUCCCCCACCCCCCCUUCCACCACAGGAGCCCAGACUGCUCCUCCACCUCCUCCUCCUCCCCCUCCCCCUCCUACGCUGGACUCCUCCCGUCCCCCUCCUCUGUCCUCGUCUGACGGAGCGGGAGGAGGUCGCACCGCUUUGCUGAGCUCCAUCCAGACCUUCAGUAAGGGCAAACUGAAGAAGGCCGAGACCACCGACCGCAGCAAACCCAUCAUCUGACCCCGCUCACCACCGCAACCUGUCCUUGACUGAGAAACUGUCGCUAUGGCAACAUGACCGACCCGCUGGUUCUGCACUGUGGUCUGGACUAGUUCACGUCGACGCUCCUUGAGAUGUGAAAAGGAAUCACUAACAAAAAAAAAUCCAAGUACCAUUUUAGUUUUUAUUGCGUUUCAGCUUUUAAAGUUUUUUAAAUCAAUUGCUGUGGUUAGAGGGAGUAGAGGAUGGCCGGGGGGGCACCUCUGUCUGCCCUUUCACUAACUCCUGAAGGUUUGUCUUCUCUGACUUCGUCACAGAAGACAGCCACCAGGCUCCAGAUAAAAAAAGUUGCUAAACUCAAAUCCUGAGUGUUGUGAACUCUCCUGGUUGACCUGCAGCUUCAGCGGGCUUCUCUUGUGCUCUUCAGGCUUGUAAAAGUGGUGGUUGAACAUUUGCAAUUACAACUUUUGGAGCCACUGUGGAUGCUUCAUCCUGCUGGAUGAUGAGGUUGGAUUUCCUGGAUCUAAAACUCUGACAUCAGUGCUCUGACACUGAUCCCGGAGCAGCGGAGAAACUGGCCUAAACUACAGCUUUCCGUCUUUGAAAUCAUUUCUGAACUUUGUAGCCUGUAGCCUGCAGCCACAAUGAGUACUGCAGGACUCUAGAAAAUCAGUGGCGCUACACAACAAAACAAAUCACCAUCAUUAAGUUAUUUCUGUCUAUAAUUAAGUCACAUGAACAUAAUUUAAUUACAAUUCGUCCAGUGCACUUGAAUAGAAAGAAGCUUCUCAGAUGUAGAACUUAACAGAGAUAUGUCUGCAUCUUCAGAUGAGAAAAAUAAGGCAGUUUGCUGCAUUAUAGGCAAGAAAGAAAGGACCUUGAUCUUGAAAAUAUGUAAAUAUAUUGGUUGAAACUUCUCAACAAACUUGCAGAUUUAUUUUCACUUGUUAUAAGAAAAUAAGACUCAAAUUACAGACAAAAAUGACUUGAUCAGAGGGAUGUUUGUUGCAACAUGUCUGCCUGAAACUUAACAAACCUUGCCACAGUCCAGGUGGGAUUGUGAGACGUCCUGAUUGGUCAGCUGUAGAUUCGUUCUUAAUUUACAGCUGUGAGAGCGAACAGUUUGCACAAGGUAGAGCGCAAAACGAAGAGCAGCACAUAAUCCUACAAAGCAGCUAACCAUGAUGCUAUAAACUAAAUGUGUUUCCAUCCAUCUGUUUUUUUUUAAGCAUAAAAAGUGGAAACACCAAAGAUAAAAAUAAAUAAAUAAAUACUGUAAAAUAAUGUGUACACUUGGCUGGAGUAGAAAAGUUGUUGCAUAGACAAAAGCAAAAUAUGACAAAGUGCAAUGGAAACGGGCUUGACGAAUAAAUCGUGACAUGUAGUUAAACGGCCACUGCAGAGACUAAAGAUAAGUUCAGAUCUGUGCAGAGUGAAGAUGAGGCUUUAACCUUCCUCAGACUAACGCAGACAAAUGGAAAUGUCGUAUUUCCAUCAUGGUUUCCACAUUGUUUGCCACCGUCUCAGGUUUGAAUGGCGCUCUUUUAGCGGCACAAUCUUGUUGCGUCCUCUUCUUCUGCAGUGGUUCAAUGGCAACUGUUUAUCUUGAUGCUCCCAAUUCCUAAUAUUCACGUAACAAUCCUCUCAUUCUUAUUUUUACUCAAGUCCCAGUAAGACUGGAGGGUAAGCAUACAAAACCUCUGCGAUUCAGAGAUGCACAAAAUGAACUUUUCCACCAUUCUUCUCUACAGUGAAAUUAUCGCCAUCAUACAGUAACUUCUGCCUCACAUCAGCAUCAGAAUACCAUUGACGUCUGUUCCAGUUCCAUUUGGCUGAACUUUGGCUGCUAAACGUGGCAGACGCUAAGUGUGCCGUGCAGCUGCUCUCUCCAUUGGAAAUACAGGCCUCGCUGUACUCGAUGUCAAACUUGCACUUCUGGUGUGAAAGCCUGUAACAUACAGAUACUGGUCGGAGCGACAUGGACGAGCCGCUCAGCUCUGAUUGUAUUUAGGGUCUGAAAUUAAUCCAAAGUUUAUUUUUUCUCCAUUGCACCAGAAUAAAACCUUACAUCACAUGUGAGACUUGAGACUUUACCUCACUGCUGAUCAUUUACAUUAUUAUUUUUUUUUAUUUCUUUCCUUCCAGGAAGCUGUUGGAUUCAGUAAUUUCUCUGAAAAUCAACAUGCACAGAAUUGAAACUUGCUACAGAGAUAAAAUCCAUCACGCACAACAUUUAGCCACCAUUAGGUUUAGUCAACAUUAUUUUAUAGUUGUGUGAUCAUUUAAAGUUGCUUGCAGGAUGCAUUGAUAUAAACACACACAUAUUAACUUUGAGUAUUUUAAGAACAAAAAAUGUCAAUAGAUAAGGAGAAGCAGGAAGCACAAGCAAAUGACAAAAUAAGAUAAAGAAGCAGUUUCACCCCUCCCCACCAGCCAGAUAUUCAAGGCAUCAGCCCAAACUGGACUUGAAAUAUUAAGAUGUGGGAACAACUCAACUCACUGAUAAGAUUAUAUGUUGGAAUGUCUAUUAAUGCAUCACCAAGAGAUGAUUUUGAAACAGUCCCUGCUCACAAGUGCAGCAUCAUAUGACAAUAAUGUAGAAUAGAAAUGCAUCUCUCUGCAGCGAGUUUCACACUUUUCAUAGAAAUGACCUGAAGUCAUUGGCAGCCUGGAAAGAAGGACCUCAGUCUUAUCCUGGUCAUCAGAGAAGUCACAUGUUUGCCCUCCACUGCUAAAGUUUAAUCUGCACACACAAGUUAAGGUGACUUUAACAGUUUUACCCUCCACAGAGCUCAGUUUACCUUCAUUUGAUGGACAUUGAGGGUUAAUUUCAGACCCUUAUUGUGUUGAUUCCUUUUAUUUUAAAGUGUUUUUGCUUCUCUUUUAAUUCUGUUGUAUUUUAAUGCUUGCUUUCAUCACAGAGCUGAGAUUAUUUUAUUGUGCCAUAUGGAUCCUUGUGCCUGAAUGUUUUUUUUGUUGUUAAAAUAUUGUAUGUGACAAUAUCUGUAACCACAUUAUCAGUAUGUAUAAAGCUCUGUCUGAUGAAGGUAAUUAACACUUUAGCACACAGGAAGUCACAAUGUUGUUAUUGGCAUUAGUUUGGGCAGAUUAGAGCAACGCCCCUUGAUUACUUUCAUUAUAAUUUCAUCUACAAAAUGUCAGAAAAUAGUGAAAAUUGAAUCUCACAGUUUUGAAGAACUCAAGGUGAUGUCAUCACAUGUCGUGUUUUGUUUAACAAACAGUCCACAAGCCAGAGAUAUUCUCUUGACUGUGAUAUAAAACAGAGUAAAGCAACAAAUUCUCACAUUGGAAAAGAUGGAACCAGAGCGUAUUUGGCCUUUAUUGCUUAAAAAGUGACUUAUGACCCAUCGAUUAUCAGAUUUGUUGCAGAUUAGUUUUAACUUAAUUGUUUUAGCAAUAAAAAUAAGACACGCAGUAUGAUUGAAAAAAGUGGGAUUAAAUGUCAAAUUCUUGGUUUUGGAAAAAGAAAUUGGUGAUUCAUGUCUGGCUCCGUCCGACUGUCUGAAAGCAGAUUUUCAGCGUCUUUUUAUGAAUAUGUACUGUUGUUCUCACCGUGGCUUCUAUGGCUUUUGUUUGUAUCACAUGAUCUCCCUCAGCAGAUUGACAUUUGCCCAGUCGUCAUGGAACUGCUCACUCAUGGUGGCAAAUAUUCAGUAUCAACUGGGCAAAUCCAUUUACUGAGAAGGAUGGUGUGAUGCAGUCGAAAGCUCCAGAACAGCUGUCAGCUUCUGUUUCCAAGCUCAAGAGUGAACCUUCAAUCUCAAACAUGGACUGGAUUCAAGUCACAGUAAAGGUGCUGUUAGUUGGCUGAGGACUAUAAUGACAGGGAUUUGAUAUGGUUGCUUAAACAAAUUAGAAAAAACAGAUAAUUUUUAGUUAGCUUAUCUUAUUUCAGCUCAGCACCUCUAAACCCACUAACUUUUGUAUGGAUUAAACCAACGAGAUGUAACAUGUUAAUAAUUAUUAUAAUAAUCAUUGAUGUAACCAACAUAUAUGAGAGUUAUAUCAGUCAUCAGACUCUCUGUCUGAAAGUGAAUAAGCCUAGUUCCCCAGAUGCUGAUGGAAUGAUUUUUUAUGUCACUGUCUCUUCUCAUUUCUACCUGACAUACUGUGUGCUAAGGUGUUAGCCUGUGUGGCGGACAGAGCUGCCAUUGGAGCAGAUUUUGUUGUGCAUCUUGAGCUCAGGUGAGUCCUGCCACCUGCUGACUCUGAUCACCACAAUACAACUUACAGCUCUCAGAAUGUGUGUUUUAAAUGAGUGCUCCAUGCUGAAAUUGUUUGUUUUUAUUAUUCAGUGCAAUCCGGUCCAAUGCGAUGGUCUUGAAUGGUCAUUAAAUUGUGUCAGAAUGUUUCUCUGCAGCACUUUACCCAUGAGGGGUGGGAGACAAGUCCAGAGGUGUCUUUGUGUCUGUGAAAACAGUUUGCAGAACAAGUUCAGAGACGGCGCUGGAUUACAAGUAAAUUGGUAUGAAAAACCACUCUUCAAUCUCCAGGUCAUUUACAGUUUCCACAUACUUUUGUUUGUCCCAAUGGCACCAUUAGACAAAAAUAUCUAUAUUAAAUGCAGCUGCGAAUAUCUUCAUUAUCAACAUUGAAAUAAAAAAUCUAGCAAGCCUGCUGUGAUGAAAUGAUAACUGUAUUGACUGAAUGAAUAUUUGAUUAAAAAAUGGAAAAUUGACAGGAAGUAGUGUUUAUUGCAAAUGCUUGUGUUUCUGAAUGAGCCUAUAUUGAAGACUUUGCAAUGCCUGAAUAAAAACAAUCUAAAGAAAUCA